AUGGUAUCCGGUCCAGGCUAUAAGCGUUUGGGCACUGCCACCGAUGGUUUACUCUUCAAGUACAAGCUUGCCAAAGCAUUAACAAUCGUCAGCUUGCUUGCUGUUAUAGUCAUGGCCAUAGGUUCGCUUGUGUAUCCAGCCUCCAGGUGGAACAUGACAACCGAUGACAGCAACACCACCAAUGACCUGUCCAUGGCUCCUCCAUCUACAGCGGCUGAUGACGCUUCUACUGCUGAUGCUGAAUGUCAACUACCGACCGAGCUCUUCAUUGCAAAAAGCGAGGAUGGAUCCUACACCCCACCUCAUCCUGAUCCCACACUUUUACAAGCUAUUCGACUUGCAGCACCCAGUGAUGUCGAGAACUAUUGCCGCAACACCUACGAUCGCACCGCCGGCUUUGUGGAUACUGCACCUUACAAUACAAACGGCGAGUGUGGAAAUUGGCAGCAGCAAUAUCGUGAGCUACAUCAACGACGUCUAAAAGAGCUCGAGAUGAUGCAACAGGGUCAGCUUGAUGAGCUUGCAGAACCACCUCGGUUUAUCUCUUAUCUUUGUCGUGAAGUGGCUACCGUUGGCAACCGUGGAUGUGGUGGAUUAGCAGAUCGGAUGAGUGGCAUGAUAUCGACCUUUUUCUACGCUCUCCUUACCGAUCGUGCUUAUCUUGCUCAUUGGGCUGACGAGAAUCCCAUCCCGCUCGAGAUCCUCUUUGAAAAACCCAACAUCGAUUGGACCUACGAUCCCUCCAUUGUACCUUCUUUAUUCAACCAUCCAGACCAAGGCAUCACCUAUCAACAAGUCGACACCCUGAAUCAGAAGUAUGAUGUCCUUGGUAAUACCAUGUUUCCUGAUGGUCCUACGCAAGAUUUUCAAGAUUUAUGGAAUGGCACAUUUGUUGAAGCAAGAUCCAAUCGUGCCUACAUCAUUCGAACCUUUAAGGAGUCAUCCAUUUAUCCAGAGACGUUAGCCAAAAUGGGCCUGGACAAAGAAAACACCUUUGGAUGUCUUACGGAUUAUCUCUUCCGACCAACCAUUGGCUCGCGCCGUUUCAUCAAUGCUUAUCGAGAUCUCUUUCAAAUGGAGAGUGUUUUGAGUAUUGGCAUGCAGGUGCGUACGGAUGACAAUGCUUUAGCCAACCCACAGCUGGAUCAGAAUUCGCUCGAAAUGUGGGAUUAUUACUUGACGUGUGCCAACCAAGUCGCUAGUGUGCAACGUAAACCUCACCAUAAACGCGUCGUGUACUUUAUGAUCACCGACUCGCUUCGAUUACGUGACGAAUUCAAAUCCUUAAACUCCAACACGACAUUGGCCAAGCAAUUCCUUGGAGAGUAUUAUGAUGAAACAUCCACGGUGGUGACAGGCCUUCCAGUAGAACACAUUGAGCCAGAGCAAAUAGAGAAAUACAUCCAUGUCGAGAAUCCUGUGGAGGUGACUCGGGCGAGAAUGACACCUGGCGUCAACAGUGCUGUGAUUGAGAACUGGCUUCUCAGCUAUGCGGAUUUCAGAAUCAUCAGUCCUCAAGGCUAUGGCAAACUAGCAGCGUUUCAUUCACGAUCCGAUAACUCCACCAUUUCUUUACCAAGAAAUGCACAAAAGUCCCGUGCACCUGAUUGCACCAAGCCCGAAGCUCUUGCAAAGUACGAUUGGCUGGCCACUCAAUGGAGCCUUGGUUAA